AUGAGUAAAGGAUAUAUUAAAAUAAUUGUUUCUCUUUUAAUAUCAUCCAUAUAUAUGAGCAAUAAAGCUUUUGCAGCUGAGGCUAAUUCAGGUAUUGAAGCUUUACGAAGAUUUGCUCGACCAUCUAAUAUAAGGUCUAUUUUCCCCGAUGAUUAUUCAGAAGGAACAAGUGAAGAACAACCCUCCAACUUAUGUAUAAACCCUGAAGAAACUGAAAUAGCAGAAAACGUUAUGAAUGAAGCUGAACUGUUAUUACAAUACCAUGCUACAAGUACAGAUGAUUACAAAUUCUAUCAUAAAUACAGUGAGGAUUCAAUUGAAUAUUAUAAGCUACAUGGAAAUAUAUUCAUUUUUAAAUUUGAUCAUAAAAUCAGAUACCCCGAUAAGUAUAAUGAUAUAAUAGAAAUCCUAUGGAAUUCAAAUAAUGUCAAAUAUUUGGGUAACAGCAUUAUUAAAGAAAAAGUUGCACGUGAAUAUUCUCCGAAUUUAAUAAUAACCCAACACCGUUAUGUAAAUAAGCCUUUAUCGUUCUAUGGGUAUCAUUAUGCUUUAACCAAAAAAGUUCAAGUAUCAGAUGACACAACUGUAAUUCUAUCUACAUCAUCUGAUAUAGAUGACUAUAACAACGUCGAUAGAAGAAAAUACACAAACACUAUUGUAGAAAGUGCAAACAUAUUCAAGCCAAAAAUUUAUUCAGAAAAGGAUAUUAGAAAUGGAAAAUGGACAAAAAUGUUUGUUAACUUAUCUGGAUAUAUAAUUCAAAAAAAAACUAAUUACAUUGAUAUUACUUUUGUUCACUCUGUUACUAUUAAUACCCCUAAUAUUGAUGAUUUAUUAACUAAAAUAAUUCACUCAGCACAAAUAUUAAAUAUUCUGAGAUUAGGCAUAAUACUUCCCAUGGAAUAA